AUGGCAACUAAGAUUCCUACAGAAAUACUAAUUAAAAUUUUAAAUUAUGUUAAAUCAUCUCGUUCAACUCAAGAUUUAUAUUCCUCCUUAUUAGUUAAUCGAAUCUGGUGUAAAGUUACUAUACCUAUACUUUGGGAAUUACCUUUGGGUCUAGACCUUUGGAUGGAUUAUAACAAGAGGAAGAAGAAAGCAUUGUGUAUUCGAACUUAUAUAUCGUGCAUGGAUACUCAAGCUAGAAAUUUACUUAUUCAAAAUGGAUUUGAUUUAUCAUCAUCACCAUCUCAAGCCACUUUUGAUUACCCAUCAUUCGCUCAUAAAUUAAUAAUUAAUAAUGUUUCUGUAUAUUCACUACAAAUUAUUGCCCCGGAUCACAAUAAUAAUAAUUAUGACGAAAUCACAAGAUCAAGAAUAUUAUUUCAUGAGAUAUGCAAAUUAAUUAUAAAUCGUUGUACAUUUUUGAAUCAUUUUGAAUUGGUGAGAAUCCCUUUUGAAAGUUAUCAUGAUGAUUUAAUUAGUUCAAUUUUCGAUUUACCUGGUGCUCCAAAAGUAUUUGAGAAAUUAGAAAGUUUUACACUUAGAAGUUAUCCAAUACUGUUUAGAUCAUUAUUCGAGUCAUUAACAUUAAUUUGUGAUCAUAUUUUAAUUAUGGAUUUAUAUUUGGAUUUAGAAUCUCAAGUUAUAAUAUUAGCAAAACUUAUCAGUGUCCAAAAACAGUUAGAAAAUCUAUCAAUUGAAGUUGGUAAGUAUCUAGAUUUAGAUUGUAAUUCAUUAUUUUGGGCUAUAAUCAGUCAAAAAGAAACAUUAAAGAGUCUUCGUUUAAUAUUAGUAAAUUUCAAUCGUGUUGAGGAGAAGAAUUUAUUACCAAUUGGUCAAUUUAUUUCACUUCAAGAGCUUUCUAUUAUAGAUUGUUCUGGGUUUCAUAAAUCGAAUUGUUUAUUCUUGGCUUCAUCACUUACUCAAUUAAGCCGCUUUAAAUUUUUACAUUCGUUAUCAGAAGCUCAGGAGUAUCCUCAAGAAUUUAUUAUAAAAAUUCUCGAAACGGCUAAUACAAAUUUAAAAAAUAUUUGUCUAAUUUUACAUUCCGUAAUUAUAUUUGAUGCAUUUUCAGCAAUUUUAAAUUAUUGUACAAAGAUUAACGAAUUAUCUUUACAAAAUUUAAUCCCUGAACAAGUAAUAGAAAUAUUUAAUAACAAUUUUAACGACUUAAGAAGAUUUUCAUUUAAUUGUGGAAAAAUAUUUGAUGCUGAUGAAUUAUUAUGUCAAAUGGCCGAGAAUGUACCGAAAUCACUUGAAACUAUUGUAUUUAUGAUGAUGUAUAAAGAUCCAUGGAUAUUUAGUGCCAAUAGUUUAAGAAAAUUUUUUGAAGGGUGGUGUUGUAAAGGAGGAGGAGGAAAUAAUAAGUUAAUUGUAACGUGUCUAGAGCCGCAACUAUUUACAUUAAGUGAUGAACAUUUUAAAGUUAUUGAAGAAUAUGGAGUUCAAUUUGAUGUGGAAGAAAAUGCAUAUAUUUAG